AAGAAAAGUACUAUCAGUCAUCGUGGAGGCCAGGUUACGUAGCAAUCAAAUAAAAACAAAAUUUCGCGCGCUGUAAUGGAUCGUUCCAUUCAGCAACCCUUCGACAUGAUGAUCAUGGAUCGAGUACUAUGAGCGAAUAUAGUUCGUAUUUAGACCUCACAUGCAUCGCAGUCCUUGGAAGUUAAUUCGUAGUCUAGUUAUGGGGAAGAAGAGUGGAAAAGGAGGAUUUUAUGCAGUAAAGAUUGGACGAUCUACUGGUGUGUUUAACACAUGGGAGGAAUGCCRACAGGCUGUCGAUGGAGUAUCUGGUGCACGGUUUAAGAAAUUUUCUUCAAAUGAAGAAGCGUUGGCCUUCGUUGGAAGUUCUGAUCAUGGAGGAUCAUCAUCAUCAUCUUCGUCAAGCUUGCGUCAAGCUACACCUUAUCAUUCCUAUUCAAGACCAUCUACAUCCUACAACAGUUAUAACCAUGUGCGCAAAGCUCCAGACACCUUCAAGCACACCAUGCCAAGGAAGACCCAAUACCUCAAGACCCUCCCACUGUCAGUGAAUUUAAGUACUGUUAGUGAAUCGCAGAGUACAGAACAUCAGCGACCUGUGGUGUAUAGUGAUGGGUGUUGUACUAAUAAUGGUCAAAGCCGUGCGCAAGCUGGCAUUGGUGUCUACUGGGGACCUAACCAUAAAAGUAACAUCAGUGAGAGACUAAGUGGCAAUCAAACAAACCAAAGAGCAGAAAUAAUGGCUGCAGUGAGAGCAUUACAAUCAGCAAAGGACUUAGGACACAGAUCUGUGGAGGUCAGAACAGAUAGCCAAUACACUAUUAAUGGUGUUACAAGUUGGAUAAACAAAUGGAAGUCCAAUGGCUGGAAGACUUACACUAACUCAGAUGUUAAAAAUGUUGAAGACUUUAAGCUGUUGGACAAGCUGUGUGAAGACAUGGAUGUAAAAUGGACACAUGUUCCUGGUCAUUCUGGGGUCCAUGGGAAUGAAAUGGCUGACUCGUUGGCCAAGAGUGGAUCCCGUCUGCCUCAUCAAAAGACAUAGUGAAUUUGAUAAUUAUUGUUAUAUAUAUAUAUUAUAAGUUACUUUGGCUCUUUGAUAAGAGUGGCUUUGGGGGUAUUUCAGGCUGGUUUGCCCCUCUUUUUGUAUUAAAUUGAUUUGUACACGUAUAAAUGUUUAGGUGUAUAGAUACAUAGUAAUAGCAUGGUUUGCAAACACUAGACAUCUGGGCCCAGUUGUACGAAGCCUGGAUAGCGCUAUUCGGCAGAUAAAUCCUUAUCCACUAGUAAGUCGAUGCUGUAUUUCAAUAGAUUUAUACCUCAGAUAGCACUAUCCAGGCUUCGUACAAAUGGGCCCUGGCUCUUGGAACUCAUGUUUGUUGUUUAAAUUUAAAAUUUCUCAAUUUCAAAGGUAGUCUCAUAUGAAAUCGACAAACAUUAAUGUCCUUACAGUGUACUGUAGCUGACAAACAUACAAGAUUCAUAAGUAAGUUAGAAUAACGUUUGAUACCUUGUGCUCUCGCCUAGAUGCAAACGACUGUAGUGCCAAUAAUUAUUUGUUUCUUCUCUGUUUAUGAGUAUAGUAUUAUUAUUUAAAUACAUUAGAGUGAUUUCCAUAAACCCAUGAAAUUGAUAUCAUUCGUUAUAAUUGUGUAAUAGUGAAAUGACAACAACAACAACAACAAAACCAAUGGAAUUAGGGUCUACUAAUUUGUAUUAGGCUGGUGACGAUUUCAGGGGUUUAUGAAAACCACUCUAUAGAUGACAUUCAAAGGAUUGACUUAAGGAAAGGUCUGAUAAACUUAUAUAAUAUAAAUAUUACAAUAGUUUACGAAAUAAAAAGGAAAUUUAUUGCAUUA